AUGCCUGUUUCUGAAGCUGAAACCAUUUCAGCUUUGCGGGUUCUUCUCAAUUCUUCGAAGAAAACACUACAGGCCCAUCGUGACCUCACGCUCCAAAAGUUAGAACAGGUCAAAUCCGUUCUCGCCGUCAAAUCUCACAAUAACGACACAACGAGCUCCAACAUACAAGCAGAGCCGUUGCCCCUUCGUAACAAUACCAGCUCGCAAUAA